UUCAAUUUGAUCUGAAAUUUUGCUGUUUUUAGUGAAUCCAUCGGGAAUAAUUGAUGGAUUUCACAUGGGUUUUGAGGAAUCUUGGGGUUCUAUGACAUGUGUGAUACCUGAAAUUUGCUGACCAGUACAUUAUUUAAGAUCUUCUCUGCCCAGUGUGGGCACUGCACGCUUAAGCAGUGCCCAUGGAUGCCACAACGCGUGGAACCCCACCUAUUCAAUACUGUAAUAUCCCCGAGCAGUCAAUUGCUGCUCUUGUCACCUCUGGUGUACCGGCAUUUCUACGACAACAACGACAUUGCUUUGGCGUUGCAAGUCCCGGGGAGUUCCCAUUGUCUGCGAGUCCCUCUAUUGUUCUUCAUGUCCUCACCACGUGUAAUUUGGAUCCUCAUGAUCUUGCGAGCCUAGAGGCGACAUGUUCCUUCUUUAGGCAGCCUGCCCAGUUUGCCCCUGAUCAUGAGCUGUCCUUAUCAGAGCUUGCUGCUCUCGACAUGUGUCAGAAGAGAGCUAUAUUUAAGCCAAUGACAGCUGAUGAACGUCAAUAUUUGAAGGAAAGAUGUGGGGGCUCAUGGAAACUGGUCCUGAGAUUCUUGCUGGCUGGAGAAGUGUGUUCAAGGCGAGAAAAAUCGCAAGCAAUAGCAGGGCCAGGUCACAGUAUCGCUGUGACUUCUAAUGGAGUUGUUUACUCAUUUGGGUCUAACAGCUCGGGACAGCUUGGACAUGGCACUACGGAAGAGGAGUGGCGGCCUCGUCAAAUCAGGUUGCUUAACUUUUUAUAAUUUUCGGCCUGAUAA